AUGGUAGCAAUAUGGCCUCUCCUUCUGACGCCAGUCCCUCUCGGUGCCAUGAUCUACGGAGCCACUCAAAUCUUUUCCCACAAACAAGACGAGAAUCUGUCCGACAACUCAUCUAUGCAGCUCUACUCCACCUCUGCUUUGAGAUCUAUAACUGAGCAAAUCACGGCAACUCCUAUUAUUUUCUUGGCCGUCCCUACAGUAGCAACGACGACAUUAGUCUUCGCUGUCAAACCAUCGGUGAAUGACAAUCCACAGACUACGCAGGCUCCUCUUGUCAAACCUGACGAGGAUGAAAAACAAGCAAGUCUGAGGGAAGAAGCCUUUUCCCAAAUCGUUGAAGAACUCAUUCAGAAUGACGAGUUGGAGCAGUUCGAGGACAUUAUUGAGAACCUGGCCAUGUCACAAAUGGACCUCUGUCCUGAACAAGCUACUGCCGCCAAUCAUUCUUCAGGUAUGCGCAAACCUCCGAAACUUCCUCAUCUGGAUGUGUUCGCCUGCUCCCUCCGCUCAAUCGCCGGCCAGUAUAUGAACGACGAUGACGCGGUCGCUCGAAAGACUCUCGAGAGUCGAGACUGA